GGCCGGGAAUUGGCGGCGGCACUGCAGCCAUUUCCGGUUUCAGGGAGGUGGGUGGGGUGCGGAGCGGGACUGGAGUCGCCGCUGCUGCCUCCGCCUACAGAGCCUGCCUUGUGCCUGGUGCUGCCGGGACGAUGCGGCCGGAGCCAGGAGGCUGCUGCUGCCGGCGUCCGGUGCGGACGAACGGCUGCGUGGCGAACGGAGAAGUGAAGAACGGGUACGUGAGGAGCAGCGCCGCUGUGUGCUGGCGGCGGGGGCCUGGCGCUGACCGUGCCGGGCGGCUCAAGGGCGGCGCGGAGGCUGCGCUCCCUGUGCCUGCGGGUCUUCUCCCCUCCCCCCGGAGCCGUGGGUUCUGCUCCGAGCCCGGGACCCUCCUUUACCUGAUCCCGCUGGAGGUACCGAAUAUUGGGCCACAGAGCUGGCAGCAGCGUGGCCCAGUGCCUCAAAAGCAGUAUCCUCUUACUCUGCCCAUGGAGAGACCCCAGGCAGAAGAGGCCCCUACUGAGUUGUGUCCCUGUGACUCUGUGCUGGUGGUCCAUCACGUUACACAAAAUGGAGGACUGUAUAAAAGACCAUUUAAUGAAGCUUUUGAAGAAACACCCAUGCUGGUGGCUGUGCUCACUUAUGUGGGCUACGGGGUACUCACCCUCUUUGGAUAUCUUCGUGAUUUUUUAAGGCAUUGGAGAAUUGAAAAGUGUCACCAUGCAACAGAAAGAGAAGAACAAAAGGACUUUGUGUCACUGUAUCAGGACUUUGAAAACUUUUAUACAAGAAACCUCUACAUGCGAAUCAGAGACAACUGGAAUCGACCGAUCUGUAGUGUGCCUGGAGCCAGAGUGGACAUCAUGGAGAGGCAGUCACAUGAUUACAACUGGUCUUUCAAGUACACAGGGAAUAUAAUUAAAGGUGUUAUAAACAUGGGUUCCUACAACUAUCUUGGGUUUGCACGGAAUUCUGGACCAUGUCAAGAAGCAGCUGCGAAAGUCCUUGAGGAAUACGGAGUUGGCGUGUGCAGCACUAGGCAGGAAAUUGGAAACCUGGACAAGCAUGAAGAACUGGAGAAACUUGUGGCAAAUUUCCUGGGAGUAGAGGCUGCUAUGACUUAUGGCAUGGGAUUUGCAACCAAUUCAAUGAACAUUCCUGCUCUUGUUGGCAAAGGCUGCCUGAUUCUGAGUGAUGAACUGAACCAUGCAUCACUUGUUUUAGGAGCAAGGCUGUCAGGAGCGACCAUUCGAGUCUUCAAGCAUAACAAUAUGCAGAGCCUAGAGAAGCUAUUGAAAGAUGCCAUUGUUUAUGGUCAGCCUCGGACACGAAGGCCCUGGAAGAAAAUUCUAAUCCUUGUGGAAGGAAUAUAUAGCAUGGAGGGAUCCAUUGUUCGCCUUCCUGAAGUGAUCGCCCUUAAAAAGAAAUACAAAGCCUACUUGUAUCUGGAUGAAGCUCACAGCAUCGGGGCCCUGGGCCCUACGGGACGAGGUGUGGUGGACUACUUUGGCCUGGAUCCUGAAGAUGUGGAUGUUAUGAUGGGAACAUUCACAAAGAGCUUUGGUGCUUCUGGAGGAUACAUUGGGGGCAAGAAGGAGCUGAUAGACUAUCUGCGAACACAUUCUCAUAGUGCAGUAUAUGCCACGUCACUGUCACCACCUGUCGUGGAGCAGAUCAUCACCUCCAUGAAGUGCAUCAUGGGCUUGGAUGGCACCAGUCUGGGCAAAGAGUGCGUGCAGCAGUUAGCUGAGAACACCAGAUAUUUCAGGAGACGCCUGAAAGAGAUGGGCUUCAUCAUCUAUGGAAAUGAAGACUCUCCAGUGGUGCCUUUGAUGCUCUACAUGCCAGCCAAAAUUGGCGCCUUUGGGCGGGAGAUGUUGAAGCGGAACAUUGGUGUGGUUGUGGUCGGAUUUCCUGCUACCCCUAUUAUUGAGUCCAGAGCUAGAUUUUGCUUGUCGGCAGCUCAUACCAAAGAAAUACUUGAUACGGCUUUAAAGGAGAUAGAUGAAGUUGGAGACCUUUUGCAGCUGAAGUAUUCCCGCCACCGGUUGGUGCCUCUACUCGACAGGCCCUUUGACGAGACUACAUACGAAGAAACAGAAGACUGA